AUACACAGAGUGUAUCAUCCGGCGCUACAUCGAUGGAAGCCUUAAUCGAACUGGUGUGGGACAUUCUGAACGAGUCCGUUCGAGUAUUUCAUGUAAGUGUUCAUGAUCCAUGGCCGUACAUCUAGUUCCUCCGAGGUAACAUGUAGUACAAUCGGUUCUACUGCAUGACAUAUGCUCGGGAUUUCACGAUGUAUUUGGAGUGACAGUGAGUUUCCACGGGAUUAAAAUUAGUAUAAGUAAAGAUGCGUGCUUUUCGCCGGAGGAGUGUGAUGCAUUUUCUUUGUGGGAUGAUUGCUGGGGUCAGUCUAGGGCUUGUUGGGGUGUGCUUGGUGGAAAUGGAGGACACGGCUUCUGUGGCGUCUGGUAUGCUGCCAGUUGACGUCAUGGCGCCCCGAGAUGAGGGUCUAAGGAAUGAGCAUCUUGUCCGAGGUCGAAACCUGUUGAACAGAGGUCCAGAGUUUGCUAAAGCCAAUGAUACGGUGGCACGUCAUUUAGAGGGGAAGAUCCGGGUCCUGUGCUGGAUAUACUUGCGGCGCACUCAGGAAUUCGAGAAGAGACGCAACAUCACCAUGAACAGCUGGGGUAACAAAUGCACAAAGUUCCUCUUCUUCAUAAACAACCACAACGACUCUCUUCCCGCAAUAGGACUCGACAUGGUGGCAAAGUCGGUUCCACUGAGCGACUCGCCGAUGAUAUCGGCUUACCGUUAUGUUCAUAAACACCACUACAACGACGCUGAUUGGUUCUUUUCAGCCGAGCAAAUCCCAUUCGUCAUUAUGGAAAACUUACGUCACUUCCUGUCUGACAAAGACCCGGAUGAGCCCAUAUAUUAUGGUCACCGAAUGAAGUCGGUUACGGACGUUCCUGGACUGGUUUAUGCAGACAGGUGCGCAGGGGUGAUCUUGAGCCGAAAAGGGCUUCACCUUUUGGGGACACAAGGGCCGUCACCGCCCGAAUGUAACAGGUUUUUAAUACAGUCUGGUCUGCAGUUUGCGAAAUGCAUGCAGGAAGUUGGUGUUCGAUAUGGGGAGACUCGAGACUCAGAAGGCAAGAGUCGGAUGUUGUUGAUGGAUAUUGGUGUGAUGAUGUCGGACUACCGGUCAGACCCAGCAACAAAUGUAGACGAAGAGGAAUCUGAUGUGAAGCCAUCCCAGAGCAUUAGCAGCAGCCUCAUCAGUUUCGGCAGGAGCUAUUAUCUCAAAAACAGUGGACAUCAUUUUUUUGUCUACGAACUCAUUAAAAUCGGCGCUCGGUAGUUUCCGGCAAUCUUCGAUCAGUCUGAAGGACGAAGGGGUAUACAUGUCUAUUUUAAUGGUAAAUAUGGUGAAUCAUGUGAUUGACGCCGAUUAUUUUCCAUGUUUGUAUCCGCGUCGUAGCAAACAUUAUAGCAUUGUAUCAAAGAUGUAUGUUGUGGGAUUUUGUACUGCACAAAUAUGUAAAUAAAUACGAAAAAUGCG